AUGAGUAAUAUGAGAAUGACAUCAUCUUGUGAGAGUGGAUCCUCCCCAGGGAGAAGGGGUAAGCAAGAGGAGGGGAUGAGAGAAAGGAGCAAUCACUCUGAAAGCUCUGGAUGGAUCCCAGCACACGGCAUGCUGGCUGACUCCAAGUAUGAUCGCUUUCGCAAUGACUCCAUAACUUCUGCAGAGGAGCAGAUACCUCUGGCAGCUGAAGCUAUGAGUGGACAAAUGGCCCCAAAUUCCCCAACCACCUCACCGGCACUGGGUCAGCCAUUUGCUGAGUCGCAAUGCCCAGAAGAACAAGAUGUGGCUACCACCUUCUGCAUGAUGAUACCCGAAUGGGGCAGUGGAAAUUCUCGAGUCCUGCGGCUUUCCUGAGUCGAUCUCCUUCUGGAGCUAGCAAGGAGCUUUCACUGGAGAAAUCUGGGGCAUCUGGAGGACUGGGAUCAGUGUUUGGAGCUUGUGAUCCAGUUUGUUCCACACCUUGUACUCUGCAGGUGAUAAACCGGUUGCGAGGGGGAGCGUCAGGAGGUGGUAGAAAGACUUCACGAGCAGAGACAUAUAAACUGUCUGGAGAGGAAUGGACCCGGAAAGGGAAUUUUAUCAGUAAACCAGCUCAGGGAUGGCUUCAUCCUGAUGACCGGCUGCAGGGUCCUGGGGUUUCUUAUAUUGUAAGGUACAUGGGCUGCAUUGAGGUUCUUCGUUCCAUGAGAUCUCUGGACUUUAAUACAAGAACCCAAGUGACAAGAGAGGCUAUCAACAGAUUAUAUGAAGCUGUACCAGGAGUUAGGGGAACCUGGAAAAAAAAGGCACCCAAUAAAUCCUUAGCAUCUGUCUUGGGUCGAAGUAACCUUCGGUUUGCAGGAAUUAGUAUCGCUGUAAAUAUAUCCAUUGAAGGACUCAAUCUUAGUAUCCCAACCACACGACAUAUAAUCGCUAAUCAUCACAUGCAAGCCAUCUCCUUUGCAUCAGGAGGGGAUGUGGACACCACAGACUAUGUAGCAUAUGUGGCCAAGGACCCAAUAAACCAGAGAGCCUGUCACAUUCUGGAGUGCUGUGAUGGGUUGGCCCAAAGUGUGAUCAGCACUGUAGGACAAGCCUUUGAGUUGAGGUUCAAACAGUUCCUGCACAGCCCCCACAAAGUGGCAGCACCCCCAGACAGGGUGGUUGUUGGGAGUGAAGAACUUACAUGGGGUGCUGAUGAUGAUCACAACUCAGAACACAACUAUUACAAUAGUAUCCCAGGCAAAGAGCCCCCUCUUGGAGGGAUACAAGACUGCAGGGUGAGAGAUCCAAGUACAAUAAACCAUGGUAACACUCAGAUGCUUGCCAAUGGACAUUGGGCACAGGUGGGAUCUCCUGCCAGAAGGCCACCAGUCUCACAUUCAGGAUCCCAGUGGGAGUUAGAAGAUCAGGGAACAGCUAGUGAUGUUUUCCAAGGGUCAAAUGGACGUACCCCAGGACUUCGAGAUUAUGAGGAGCACAUGUAUGUCAAUACACAGAGCUUUGAUGCACUCAAUGUGGACAAAGAGCCCUAUAUGAUCCCAGAGGACAGUCCAAAGAAAGAUCUGUUUGACAUGAGACCAUUUGAAGAUGCUUUGAAACUCCAUGAGUCCAGCCUCUCAGUGUCCCAAAAGGUGGAUCAAUGGCCAAGUCCACCAACAAGAAGAGCUCCUGUUGCACCUACAGAAGAGCAACUGAAAGGAGAGCCAUGGUACCAGGGAAAAAUGAGCAGAAGGGAAGCAGAGAAACUUCUUCAAAAAGAUGGAGAUUUUCUAGUGAGGGACAGCAUCACCAACCCGGGGCAAUAUGUGUUAACAGGAAUGCACAAUGGACAGCCCAAACAUCUGUUAUUGGUGGAUCCAGAGGGAGUGGUUCGGACCAAAGAUGUGCUCUUUGAGAGUAUUAGUCAUUUAAUUUCCUACCACCUACAUAACCAACAACCGAUUGUGGCAGCUGAGAGCGAACUGCACUUGUGGCAGGUGAUAGCAAGGAGAACAACAUCCUAG